ACCUCUCUCUGGUUGACAGUGGUCACUUGCUCAAGAAAAAAGAUGGCUGGCGUUUUACGAAUAGCAAGGUGCGUCGACCGGCACCUAUUGCCUGCUAUAAAAGAGGUGAAUCGUGCAAUUUCAACGUCCGUAGUUUGCUUGGAUCACCAUCUUUUAUAUAAAGACAAAGUUACGCAUACCGGACAGGUAUUUGAAGAUAAUGAUUUUCAAAGGACAAGAUUUGUAGACAAGCAAAAGGAGGUGAAUGAAAAUUUUAGUCAGACUUUGAUCAAUGAAGUUCCACCUAUUGAAGUGAAUCAAAGAGUUGUCUCUUGUGAUGGAGGUGGAGGUGCCUUGGGGCAUCCAAAAGUGUACAUAAAUUUGGAUCAAGACGGGCCUCAUGCAUGUGGAUAUUGUGGACUGCGGUUUGAGAAAAAGCAUCAUUAGAACAUUUGCAAAUCUGAGUGAAUUUGAGAUGUUUUUCAUAAAUAUAUCGACAUUGUUAAUUGUAAUCAAAAGUGUUGUAAAUUCCACUGGCUUUUCCACAGAAAGUUCAUUUGCUUUAUA